AUGGUGCUGGGCUGCUGCAGUUCUCCUCUAGGCCAGGAGUUGGCGCUGAUGGCCGGCUGGCUCAAGAGACAGAGGAGCAUCAUGAGGAACUGGCAACUACGGUGGUUCGUUCUAUGGACUGAAGCACUGUACUUCUAUAAGGACCAGGAUGAGACUAAACCUCAGGGAUGCAUCCUUCUCCAGGGCAGUCAGGUCAGCAAGCUGCCUGCCAAUCAGGAUGAAGCUGGUUGCCACCUGUUUGAGAUUGUUCCAGGUAUCUUUGGCCAGCAUCUGGAAGAGACAAUGCAGUGUGAGAGUGGGUGUGGCAGCAGCAGCAAGCCUGUGGUGCCUCUGCUGGUGGAGCAGUGUGUGUGUUUUAUACACCAGCACGGCCUCACGGAGGAGGGGUUGUUUAAAAUGCCUGGACAGACCAAUCACGUAAGAGAGCUGCAGGAUGCCUUUGACUGCGGGGAGAAACCAGUGUUUGACAGUAACACUGAUGUCCACACGGUGGCUUCCCUUUUGAAGCUCUACCUCAGAGAGCUGCCGGAGCCUGUGGUGCCUUUCAACAAAUACACAGAGUUCCUCUCCACCGCUCAGCUACUGGCCAAGGACCAGGAGGAGGGGAUCUUUGAGCUGGGUAGGCAGGUGAAGACUCUUCCUCAGGUCAACUAUAACCUCCUCAAAUACAUCUGCAGAUUCCUAGAUGAGGUCCAGUCCCACUCCAGUCAGAACAAGAUGAGUGUUCAGAACCUGGCCACUGUGUUUGGACCCAACAUCCUCCGACCCAAGAUGGAGGAUCCACAAACCAUGAUGGAGGGUAGUUCCCAGGUGCAGCACCUGAUGACUGUACUGAUCAGUGAACACUCUCGUCUGUACCAGGGGGAGGCAGAGACUCCCAGGGAGGACCAAUCUGCCCCUCCUCCGACUCCUUAUCCCCGGGCCCCUACAAUUCAGCACUGCAGGGUGGAGUGGCUCUCACAGGAGGACAUCCUGCCCCCCACCACCCCUACCCAGCCCUAUCCCUCCCUGGGACAGACCCCUAACACCCCAAGUCAGGAACCACUUCAACCCAUCUUGACCUCCAGUGUCUCCUCUCUCGAUACUGACCACCCUGGAUCAACCACCCAGGAAAGAAAAGAGGGGGAUUCAGAGGGAAAGAGUGAAAGAAAGAGCGAAAGAAAACUCUCGGGUGGUAGUGGUGCAGCCCUUGGUCCCAGUAAACAGUCCAAAAGCCUGUCUUCAUGGAGGUCCUCCUUGAAGGGUGGGUCUGGGUCAGGAGGGGUGAGGGGGAAGAUGGGAGGGUCAGCGGUUGACAUGUCGACUGUCACCAGGGGCAACUGGCUGAUGAACGGCUUGUCAUCCUUCCAUAAUCACCGACGGCCUGCUUCGACCGGCAAACGACUCAAAGAGUCCUCGCUUUCCCUGACAGAGACACAUAAAGACUCUCUGCCAGACUCCUAUACUGGGUCCUCUUUGUCUUUAAAAUACUCUUCACACUCUCAAAGAAGCUCGCUAAAAGACUCAUCUCCUUUACAUAUAGACUCUUCCUGUUCUAGUAUAGACUCCUUUCCCAAUAUAAAGCCCUCCGUCUCUGUCAGAAACUCCUCCCAUUCCAACAGGCUCUCGACCUAUGACAACGUUACUAUCACUCCCUGCAGUCUGAGCUUGCCCGAUGGAAGCCCCUCCCCCUGGACCUCCUGUGAGAUCUCAUUGGCUGAAUCUACAGGAACUGAGCGUACCACACUGAACUCUGGGUUAGGGUCCGGGCAGGCUGUGGCGGGGUCCUCGGUGGCUGGGGGCAGUAGCUCUGCUCUGGAGCUGUGUGUGAGCAGCGCUGGCUGCAGCAAGGGUGACCCUGGAGAUGACAUCACAGGUCUGAGGUCAGGGGUCAACAAGGGUCUGUUUAGCCUGGUGACGGAGCUGAAGGAAGAGCUGAGGAGACAGAGGUUCAGCUAUGAGACACGAAUACGCAAAUUGGAGGAGUCAUGUUCAGGUCUUCGUCUCCAGUCUGGUCGUUUAGAAGAGGAUCUUAACCAGGAGAAGAAGAGGUUCCGCAUGCUGGAGAUCCGACUGGGGAACUCAGAACGCGCAAGGCAGGAUGCAGAGACUCGGAAUGUUCUCCUGCAGAAAGAGAUGGAAGAGUUCUUUGCUACACUGGGAGACCUGACCACUGGCACACAUACCAGCUAGACCUGAGCAGACAGUGUCAGCCCACCGAGCGAAAGGCUUUCACUAUGGGAGCUAACACAGGUCAGGUCUCAGGCGAGGUUACCCAUCAAGUGAGUUUAAUUCUGCUACACUCAGACAAAAUUGAAGAAAAGGAAGAAAAAGGCUUAAAUUAAACAGGAAAGUACUAUCUGAGCUUUGAAAUGCUAUAUUUUAUGUCCGUUGCAAAAUGUUUUGCUACUGUGUGCUCUAAUGAACACGACCUAAGUGUCUCUCCGCCUGUGCAUUAGGACUAGGCUUAAUAUGUGUCCACGAAACCGGCCACUGGAGUAUUCAUUCAGAGGUUGCUCAAGACUGUUGUGAUACAGCCCAUAUGUCCAUGUUGUCAUUAUAUGGUACAGAAGGGGUUUUAUGUUUUUCUUAUCUGAAGUCUACUGCUGUCUAUCACUCUGUAUGCAUCGUCAUUCUUAGUAACUGUGGGCCAUUUUCCCAGAAACAGAUUAGGCCUAGUCCUGGACUAUAAAGCACUUUCAAUGGAGAUGGCCCAUUGAGUUUUUUAGUUCAGGACUAGUCUUACGCCAGGAUUCAAUCCGAUCGUGCUUUGUCAGCUAUGCACCUUUUAAAGGUAAUUUUCCUGCGUUUGUGGAGACUGUAUUCAUGGUAAAUGCUGCAUAUGUCGGCUAAAUCAGAAUUUACCUUUAAAUGUCAAGCGCGUUAUAACGCGGAUCUACCGCUGAUAGGAUUGAAUCCCUGCCUUUAUCUUUGUCUGGGAAACCACCUCUGUGUGUGCUAGACUGUUAGUGAUCUCUUUAAAGAUGGACCUCUAAAUGGUUAAAUGUGAUACUUACUGAACUCAGGUGUUCUAAACAUUCUGGUCAGAGAGAUGAUGUAUCUCUAUUCCCGUACUUGAAUACUAUUCUGAAACAGACUACUUUUACCACGCCAUGGUUUCACCACAUCACAAAACAUUUUGGUGACUGUUGUUUCUGAUUUAAGAAAUGGGCCUUGUUUAUUAUAGCGAUAUCAUGUCCCAAAACUGACCAGACUCUAGUGAAAGCCUCUGAGUAUUUGUCAUUAUAAACUAAUGUCCUUACAAGAAGUAUGCGUUGAGAAUAAAAACAAUUCAAACAGAAUCAAAUUCAACCCUUUAUUUGCAGGAGUUGCAGGUUGACAUUGACUGACUGUUUCCAGUGUGUACCUUAGGUCUGUAGUAAGGCCUUGUCCAGAUCAAAAGGCUAACAUUUAUACAACCGGCCUUUGUGGAAAACACCACGAAACCUGGAUUGCGUUCAAGAGGGUGAAACGUUCUAUGUGGAUUCCAUUAAUAAGAACUGAGAUGAUUCCAUAUCUAUUUAAAUGUUCCAUAACGUUGUACCCUCCUGAAUGCAGCCUUGUGUCUGGUGUGCGAUAGGCCUGACCACAGCCAGGGAUGGGGUCCAGGUCCAAACAUAAACAGGGCCUAUAGGGAUUGAACGGCGAGGAGCCAUCAAAUACCUUUGAAUCUAGAAAAAGGAAAACAUGGCUGGCAGCAAAUUUUUUAAAACCCCUGGAGAACAUCCAUCUAACAUACAAAUAAACCACUCACUACCUACUCUAUAGUCUACAAAUCACAUUGCAAAAAAUAAAAAAUAAAUGUUUAGACAUAGUACUUUUGAAUUAAAUAUACAUUACAUACAAUACUAGCAGUCUUCUAACAUUGACAAAGGUACAUGUUCAAAUAAAUAAAUAAAACUAAAACUUUCACAUUGUUUUUUUAGACCAUAUGCUGGGGACUGUUAUGUCAUUCAGAAACUCAUCUAGGUGAGGUAGUCAAUAAAAACCAAGUUCUCUAACAGAGACGGCACAGAGAGAGGCGCUAACGCUAACUAAACACUGAGUGCCUCUACAGCAGAGAGAAAUAUAGUUGGGUUAAAAACAGACAACUCAGGGAUUUUCUUAAGAGAUGGGACAAUCUCAACUUUCUUUUCACAAAUAUUUUUCUUAAUAUUAACAACAUUUGAAAUCUAUAUUUUUAAAGACCGUCCUGACAGGUUGCAUUAAGGCCUGGUAUGGGAAUUGCUCCAUCCACGACCGCAAGGCCCUCCAGCGGGUGGUGAGGACGGCCCAGUACAUCACUGGGACCAUGCUCCCACCCAUCCAGGAC